GAACUACUCAGUCCGGCUAUAAUCUCCUCUCACGCGUGAUCUCCAGGAGUGCUCGGUCAAGGCCUCGACUCUCUGAAGGCACGGCAGUGCAGUGCAGUAUAUGUAGAGCAGAGUUGUGAAGUGGACCAGUGUCACAUAAAUAGCUCGAGCCCGAACUGUUCCAGGCAGAGCAAGGAAAAUCGAGACGUAGACACUGAGAAUCUCUGAACGGGUUGUGGAUCUGAUCGAGAGGAGGAUUCGUUGCUGCGGCUUUACAGAUCAGUAUUAGCUUCGAGGCUCAUCGUCGUAUAAGGACACCGUCUGCACUCGUCGGUCAAAAUUGCUUCCGCGGCCAGCACCCCAGGCCUUCGGGCUCGAAUCCGUCGAUUAUUCUCCGCUGGUGGUGGUUCUGCAGCGAGUGAGGCGAAAGUGGACUCGAGCCCAAGAGGAGGAGGCGGAGGAGCAGCAGCAGUGCAGGCGAUAGACGGGAGUGGAGUGCAAUCCGAGGGGUCAGCAAUGGCAACAGAUGGAACUACUUACUUCAUGUCCCAUGCGAGUCCCAUGCUUUUGAUGCCUGAGAUAAGUGGCGACAUGCCCUUACGCGCCUUCUUCAAAAAGUUCCCCCAGACCGUCGAGCGGCCCAAGGCAAUUCUGGCCAUCUCUGCUCAUUGGGACACUUCCGCUCCAACAGUCAGUAGUAUGGCUAAACAAGACACAAUUUAUGACUUCGGAGGAUUUCCAAGGGAGCUCUAUAAGAUCAAGUACGACGCCCCCGGAAGCCCUGCUGUUGCGAGGAGAGUGGUCGAGUUGUUGACAGCAGCAGGAUUUGACGGUUCAAGGAUGGAUUCGAGGAGAGGGCUGGAUCAUGGGUCGUGGGUCCCUAUGCUUCUAAUGUAUCCCGACAGAGAUGUUCCUGUUCUCCAGUUAUCAGUAUCGAGUCGGAAAGAUGGAGCCUGGCACUAUGCCCUGGGACAGGCACUUGCGCCUCUGAAGGACGAAGGCGUUGUCAUCAUGGGUAUGGGUCAAACCACACACAAUCUGCGCGAAGUGGAUCGUUACCAUUCUGGUCCUCCUGUUGGUUGGGCUCAGGCUUUUGACACUUGGCUUUCCGAUUCUCUCAUGAACAAAAAGUAUGAGGACGUAUGUAAAUUUAUGGAGAAAGCUCCCUAUGCUCGCAAGUCUCACCCGACCCCAGAGCAUUUUCUGCCACUCAUUGUUGCCCUCGGUGCAGCUGGAAAGGAUUGCAAUUCGGAGACAAUUCACCAUAGCUGGGAGCUCGGAACAUUUUCCAUGGCUUGCUUUGCCUUCCAUCCUGUUACUGCAGCUGAGUAGAUUUAGAUUCGACGCCAAUAACAUCCAGUUUUUCUUCCUCCUGUCACCCCAUGCAAGCCCGAUUAGUUUAAAAAAAAUUUCAUAAUUUAUUCGCUGGGGUGAGAUUGAUCAAUUUAUCUCAGCAUGCUCUGGAAUAUUCUCUAGUCGAGGUUCAUGUGCCAGCAAAGUUAGUGACCGUGUACAGUAGCAAGAAUAAAUUGAGAAUCAUUUUGAGGAUUUGACUUCUUGACGGGGGUCGCUUUGAACGUCAGUGUUAUGUGUACUAUGAACCUUACGGUGUUGCAAGUGGUUUGUUAUGUCG